AUGACGCAUUCGUUUACGGGCUGGGAACGACGUAGUCUCGUGGGAGGAAAUUCUACAGGAUUAGAUUUAUCUAGAUUUGCAUAUACACCAAGCAGACUCAAUGGUAGAGUAAAUGAAGGUAUUGCAACAUCCAGUGAUAGGUCAGGUUUGUAUGGAGAGCAAGCCUUAAACAAUGUUGCAUGUGACAGACCAGAUUGGCAUUCAGAUAUACAACAGCAAAAUAUUAAUGUUAGACCAAGAAAUGACUGGCAAGAGUUAGACAUGUAUGCCAAACACAGACAGACAUUCAACCCAGAUGAUGGUAUCUUAAAUGAUGAAGCAUCUUUGCCAGAUAUUGAAGCAUCUGGUGUAGAGUAUGCUGAUUGUAAUUUAGACAUGGACACAGCUGAUAACUGGGAAACAGUAGAUGAAUGCAAUGAUGGCUUUGGUCAUGAGACAGAUUAUGGAUAUACAUAUGUAACAAAUGAUGACAGACCAGACCUUCCUUUAGAAUGGGAUGACAGAAUGAACGAACAGUGGCAACAGACAAACAGAAAUCUGAAGGACAGUAAGUGCAAUCUUGGUCGAACUAAAGGGAGACAAGCCAAUUCACUUAAAGCCCAGUCCUUUGUUCCAGGUAGACAUGAAACAUUGCCAUAUAAUUACGGUACAAGAAAACCCACAGUAAUAAAGCAAGCAGCGUAUGGUGUAUCACCAGUUGAUAAUGUUUAUAGCGCUUCAUACAAGUCAAAAAAUGGAACACCAAGUAAAGCUGCUCUUAGGGAAUCAACUGCUCAAGGUUGUAAAGAUGAUUCAUACUACAGUGAUAAUACCAGAAAAUAUUUAGAACCGAACAAGGUUAACAGUGACAAUAAAAAGACUAUCUGUGGAAAACAACCAUUUUUUAAUAGAGACAGAUUUCCACAGAAUGCAUCUUCAAGUGUGAGUGAUGAUAGAUGUAAUGACUAUUACCAAUGUUUAACUAAUAGAGAAAAAAGCCACAGUAAUUCUUUUAGAAAUGAAAGUGCAAAUGCAUCAUUACAAGGUCCAUCAAAUGCUCAUAAUGUAAACAGAGUUUCACCAUCUGACAAGGAUGAGAAUAUAUAUCCUGAUGAAUAUAUAGAUUUAUAUAAGGAAGGAACAGAAGGACACCAAUCAAGAUGGACAAACUACUUCAGCUCACAGUCUUCAUCUGCAAGUGACAAUCUUAACUGGAAAUAUCCUACCAGGAAUUGUGACAAUAAAGUUGUCAUGGAAACAUGUGAUCUUUCCAACACACAGAACACUCAACAAAUAUCCAGGAGGCAACCUGUUAUAGCUGUCAACGGAGCAACAAGACUUAGUACAAAUAUCAGUGAUGACAAUUCUUUAGAUAAUGACAAGGAUUAUAAAUAUGGAGAGGUUUUAGCCUGGGUUUCCAGUUCUGAGCGUGCACAAAAAGAUAAACUUCAAAGUAAGAGCAGUACUACCAGAGCUAGUACUUUAACAAGUAAACCAGAGCAGGAUAGCUUCAUGGGGAUAUUUGAUGGAAUCCUGUGAUGAUUCAACUUGUUUGACAAGACAGACAUGUCCUUGUGAUGGACGCUCAUUUUAGACUGGUUAAAUGAUUAUGAUAGAUUGUUAUUUAUAUAAAUUACUUUGUCUGUGAUAAUUUGAUACAGUCUGUGAUAUAUGAUAUGAAUUUUCUUGUGCCUUUUCUUUUUUGGACGAUUCAAGUAUGACAUUGACAUUUAAGUUACCUUUACUGUCAAACUCAAGUUUACAUAAUUGUGUUACACUGUGUCAAUUUUGGAUUAUUUGUAUGAAUUCUCACUGUUACAAAGUGAGUUCUAAAUGGAUUUAUAGUUAUGUAUAUCAAUCAUAAAUGAUUUAUGCCAUAAAUGUCUAUUAUAUUAAAUUUUUCAACCAUUUUUAUGAAUAAUUACUGAAAACUGUGAUAAAAUACAUAUUCUGUAUUAUUUUUUUACUAUGUAUACUGGUAAAAGUUAAUAGCCACUUACUGUGAUAUAAUGCAUUUCUGCAUUAAAGGAACUCCACU